AUGUCUGCAGCACAGCCUUCAGCCCCUGGGCUCAAUGUGAUCGCCCUAAUCUCCGGCGGAAAAGACUCCCUCUACUCGAUCCUCCACUGCAUCCGCAACGGCCACAAAGUGGUCGCGCUAGCGAACCUUUACCCAGAACCGCAGAACAAAACCCCAAACCCAAACCAAUCCAAAUAUGACGAAGAAGAAGACAUUGAUAGUUUCAUGUACCAAACAAUCGGUCACAGCAUAAUCCCUCUUUACGAAACAGCCCUCCAAAUCCCUCUCUACCGUCAACCCAUCACAGGCGGCGCAGUCGACACAUCCCGUAUCUACGGAACCAAAACAGCCGACAAAGACGAGACAGAAUCCCUCGUCCCGCUCCUCAACCGCAUAAAACAGGCCCAUCCAGAAGCAAACGCCGUCUCUGCAGGCGCCAUCCUCUCUACAUACCAGCGCACGCGAAUCGAGAAUGUCGCUAACCGUUUGGGAUUGACACCCCUCGCUUGGCUAUGGAUGUAUCCAUCCCUCCCCACACCCGCGGCCAGAUCGGCCGAUACUCUGGCAAUACGCCAGGCGGGGCUCUUGGAGGAUAUGGCAGCUGCUAGAUGCGAUGCUCGUAUUCUCAAGGUCGCCUCCGGUGGUCUGGACGAGGGCUUCUUGUGGGAGAAUGUGUCUGGUGGCGGGAGUGGCGGCCGUAUGAUGCGAAGGUAUCUUGUUAAGGCUAUGAGUCGGUUUGCGGCUGCAGAUGAUAUCCGCGGUGCGGUGUUGGGUGAGGGUGGGGAGUAUGAGACGCUUGCGCUGGAUGGGCCUGGUUUCCUGUGGAAGCAGAGGAUUGAAGUCGGUAGUCGGGAGGAGAAGGUCGGGGAGGGGGGUGUUGCUUUUGUUAGGUUGAGGGGUGCGAGGUGUACGGCUAAGAGUGCGUGGGAGAUUAGCGAUGGGAUUGCGCCGAGUGAUAUAAGGAGGCCCGGGAUGUUAGAUGCAGUCUUUGAGGGUGUCUUGGGAUCCGCAUUGGAUGUUUCUGGGUCGCUUGAUGAUUCGAAAUCGCGGGCGAUGACCAGUACUGCUCGGUCGCCGGAUUGGCCUGUCUGUGAACCGGUGCAUCGGCUGUCUGGUUCUACGUGGACUAUUUCGAAUAUUGUUGCACCUGAGGCUGGUCCCGGGGCAGGAGCGCAGAUGAGAGGGAUUGCAGACAAGGUCGAGCGCGUGCUCAGGUCCUUUGCUCACCCUAAGUCGGGUACCCGAUCAACAGACGACAUUGUUUUCGCUACGGUGCUGCUAGAUUCAAUGACCGACUUUGGAUCAAUGAAUGAUAUCUACGUCUCGCUAUUCAAGAAACCCAAUCCUCCUGCGCGAGUUACAGUGGCAUGUGGAGACCGACUCCCGUCCAAUGUCAAGGUGAUGGUCACAUUCGUUGUUGAUCUGGGUGCGAGGGACCGGCGCCAGGGCCUGCAUGUUCAAUCCAGGUCGUACUGGGCUCCCGCAAAUAUUGGACCAUAUUCCCAAGCGUUGUCAGUUCCGCUGCAGAAUGUUAGCAGACUCGUGUACAUUGCUGGCCAGAUUCCUUUAGAUCCUGGUUCUAUGGACUUGGCGCAAGUGGAGGGGUCAGGUUCAUGGAUUGAAAACUACCGGCUUCGAGCUGUACUGGCCCUCCAGCACCUCUGGAGAAUUGGCGAAGCCAUGCAGGUAAACUGGUGGCUCGGUGCGGUGGCCUUCUUGGCUCGCGGAGAGCACGCUAAUACCCAGGCGCAAGUGGCAUGGCGCCUCUGGGAAAGAAUGCAUGCUUUGCCUGACAAUGAAGACGAGGAUGAUGACGAUGGCCCGCAGCUGGAUGCGUGGGAUAUCAAAUAUGGACGUCGCACAGAGGAGCUAAAUGAUCACCCUGUGCCGAGUCUGCCCAAGUUUACUGUUCUUGUUGAGUCUCACACAUCCAUCCCACCAUUCUUGGCUGUCCAAGUGGAUGAACUGCCACGAGGAAGUGAUAUUGAAUGGCAAGGACUGGGAGGCCGAUGUGAGCAGGUCAAGUUGGACAUAAAAGGAGGGACAUCUGCCACCACCAUGGACAGCCAAUACAAGUAUAUCAAUAUCGAGAUCGACGCGGAAGAACAAGAAGCGACGCCUCGCACCAGCACACCUCUCAGCCUCGAAGCGUUCGCCGAAGACCUCCGAUUAUUCAAUCGCUCCCCCCAUCCAUACCACAGAAGCAGGCGCCUCGGAUCAAGCACUCCCUCCGAACACGGCGACCGUCUCCAACCGCUCACCUCCUACUCAAGGUCCUCGCGAACAACCAGCGACAGUGGCACAGAGGCAGACGAUGAAAGUACCGGUAUAUUAAGGGGGUUACCUGCCCCGCCGCUCCACCCUCGAAAAGGCCUACGAUCUGGUCCCACUGACCUCGAUGACUGGCUGCCGAGCUUGCAACCGUGGCCGUCAUUUGUGCGGCCUAACCUGCGGACAUCCCGGCGCAGCUCAGAGGAGGAGCUCGAGGAAGAGGCCUUUGAGGAGAGACUGAGGUUCAGACGCCAGAGACGGGUUGAGGUCCUCCGCCGAUUGUUGGAGGCCGCGCUUCUGCUGUCUGUGGGUGGUGUGGUCUUGUACCAAGAUGGGGUGCGCUCUUUAGCUUGGGAAUGGCGAAAGGAGCUUGCUGCUCAUGGUCUCGUGGUCUUGGGUCUCUAUGCCGCCUAUCCGCUCGUUGUUCGUGCAUCACAGGGCCGAAGCUGGCGUAUCUGGCGCAUCUGGUCUACGAAACGGACAUACUUCUCAAUACCCUCGAGCUUCGAUCCGGCUCCCCUUCUAUAUCCGAUCCUUAUUCCGAUAUUUGUUUCGUUGUCGUUAUCCAACCAUAUCCCGCCACUUAUCAUGCCUAAUAUCGUCCUCAGCUUGUCCUCUUUACCAACGCCUGUUAUACCGUUCCAGAACCGGACCAAUGGAUUCAAUACUCUCCAUUGGAUGAUUUCUAUGAUUCCCAUUCUCGUUGCCGAGCAUUUCUCCUUGGACCAUACAGUGCCCAAACCAUUGACGCUCCGCGGGCUCGACGCGGAAUCUUUAAUACUUCUUUUCCCUUUGCAUCAAGCGUUGAUACCCACUUUAGACUUUUUGUUGACGACCAGCAUUCUUCCCGCUGAGCUGCAGCUUUUGACAACAGCUUUGAUCAACUUGUACUUGUUUGCGGCCUCUCCCCAGAUGGAGAUACUCAAAGCCCUGUUAUGGCUUGGAGGCAUGUGUUUGUUUGCUUCUUGUCGACAUAUACUGCGUUGGGAGGUUUCUUUGGCCAGAAUUCCUAGCUGGAAAUUCCGCCGUGCCCCGCAUGUUUCGCAAUCUCCCCGCAAAUUCUUGAACAUGAUCGACCAUCGACUUUGUGAGAAGUUGAGUAGAACGGGGCACGUCCCAUCGGACGAUGCUUCGUCGGACAGUGAUGGGCCCAAUGGGUUCUCAUUCUCAAGGCCGCGCAAGACCAAGACCAUGAGGGAGAGUCGCUCUUCCCGCCCGCCGGUAGAGCCGGCAUCUGCAGUUGAUAAGGUCACGACGGAAGAGAUUUUUGAACAGCAUGCUCGCGCUGUGCAUCGACGACGCCAUACCAUAUCUACAUUCGAUGAAGCUGUUCGAGAGGAACGUGUGCGCACUACCCCUGGUGGUAGACGCAAGAAAAUGAUGGGUCCUGCUCUGGCCUCCUUCCUCUCGCUCACUUCAGCCCAAGCGCAGGUCCGCAAAUGGCUGUUUGCCUUUUACAUCUAUGUUUUGACCCUCAUUAUCAUUCUUGGACCUAUCCGAAAGUAUGUGGCAGAGCGCGCACUGCAAGGCCAGGAUCCGUUUGGAUGGGCUAUAGGCUACUUGUUGGGAAAUUUCUCGAAGAUUCGCUUUUGGGUCCUUAUGUUGAACCUUGAGUACUGGAUUGAACUUCCACCCCGCCCUGAUAUAGAUAUUAUGAGUGCCUCCUGCUUCCUUGGAUCGAUCGAACACAUUCGCCAGGUUACCUUUGGGCCUGCCAUCACCCGUCUACUACUCAGUGGUUAUUGUGUAUUGGUACUGCUGACGGGCCUAGCUAUUGUGGUUAAGCUCACCUCUGUUGCCGAAGUUGAUACGCGCCGCAAGAUUUUCCACGGCAUGAUGGUGGUCAUGUUCCUUCCUGCUAUAUUUGUGGAUCCAGCCUUCUGCGCCAUGGCGCUAGCCUUGGUCCUCUCCAUCUUUCUUCUAUUGGACCUGUUCCGCGCCUCUCAACUACCUCCUAUUUCGCGGCCACUCACCUAUUUCCUGGCACCGUAUGUUGACGGCCGUGAUCACCGUGGCCCGGUCAUCAUUUCACACAUUUUCUUGUUAAUUGGAUGUUCAAUACCCCUUUGGUUGUCACUUUCCGAUCUUCCUCGGACGGGCCUGGGCCCUUGGGCUGGUUGGGAGAUUCCGUCACGCGAUGUGAGCAUGGCGAGCGGAGUCAUCUGUGUUGGCAUGGGCGACGCGGCCGCAUCCCUCGUUGGCCGACGGUACGGUCGACUGAAAUGGUUCUGGGGUGGCGGCAAAUCACUUGAAGGCAGCAUCGCCUUUGUAGUAGCGGUGACCUGCGGGCUGAUCGCGGUUCGUGCCUGGUUGGUGCUCGGUGGCUGGCCUGUGUCUGGGGUCGAAUCAACGGAAGGCGUAGCCUUCUCCGCUCACUUCUGGGCCUGGACUUUAGUCAAGGCGGUUUUGGCGGCAGCCGGAACGAGCGCCACCGAGGCGAUCCUUACUGGUUGUAAUGACAACGUCGUGGUCCCAGUGGUGUUAUGGCUGCUCGUGCGGGGUCUUGGCGUUUGA